AUGACGCCCUGUGCUUCUCCAAAUUUCUGUGGUAUCUGCCAAGUUUUCAAUGUCCGCGCUUUACUGCUCGCAGCCGAAGCCUCGGCGGCCAAAUCGAACAUCGAUGAUCGAGGGUUGCUCAGGUCGACCAAAGAAGGCGUGGUUCACGAUGCCAUCCCAAAGCACUUCAAGCAUCAGCCCGGUCUCCAUGCUCUGAAGGCAGCCUCAUCUUCUUGCGAUCUCUGCCGUUCAAUCUGGCGGGAGUUCAGCCGGCAGAGGGAGCCAGCAGAGCUCACUGACGAAGCAUUGUGUAGGGGAAUCGGCAACGAGCAAAUCUACAUUGGAACCUUGGUAUGGGAUGCUGGUCUCAAUGCAACACCGCAUGUAGCCGUUAUUCAGCAUGGACCGCCACCUCACAAUUCUCAAAGGCAGCUGGCAUGCUUUGAGGUUUGUGCUGACUACGGUGCUCUUCCGUCCGAUAACAGCCGCCUUUUGGCUCGGCUUCAGGCUUCAUCGUCGAAGGAUGAGCAGUGUUUCGACCUUGCUCGAACAUGGAUGCGCAACUGCCAGAAUGAACACGUCACUUGCGGGCAGAGUGGAUCAAGAGGUCUCAGGCUGCCAACUCGUCUUCUCGCCGUUGGCUCGGACGAUGCUGAUAGCAAGUCUGACGGUCUCGUUCGUCUGGUGCAAGGCUCAGAUUGCAGUGGAGCAUAUACCGCACUGUCGUAUUGCUGGGGUCCUGACCGUGACCUGAUUCUAACUCACGAGGCCGAAGAGCGCUUAAGGUCCGGUAUUCCCAUCGACGAGUUCCCUGCCACACUCAGAGACGCCAUCUGCGUGACAAGGCAAAUGGAUAUACCGUACAUCUGGAUCGAUGCGCUCUGUAUCUUUCAAGAUCAAGAACGGCAAGAUUCGAAAGACGACUGGGCACGAGAAGCUGGUAGGAUGCGAGACGUCUACCGAGGAGCAGCCAUCACCAUCGAAGCCGCAUCAGCUUCUCGCGGUGGCGAGGGCUUCCUGAAAGAAAGAACUAGCUCGAAACCAUACUGCGCUUUACCGUGGGAAUACGACGCCAAAGGAGCUCUUGUCUAUCUGCGACCAAUUAUCGACAUCCCAGACAACCAAUUGCUCGGCACGAAAAUAUUCACCCGAGCGUGGACGCUGCAAGAACGGCUUCUGGCGCCGAGAACAAUCUCUUUCGGGACGCAGCAGAUCUCAUUCGAAUGCGCCAAUGGUUUUGUGGAUGAGACUGGCCGCUCUUCACUGCUACCACGAGCUACAGAGUCAUAUCUCAGCAAAGACUCGAUGCUCCAGCUCCGCCGCGAUCGAGGCCCCCUGGCCAAGCUCUGGCGAUUCCUGUCUCGCACCCUUGGUCUGCCUCCCGUUGUGACGCUUUGGGACGCAUAUGACAUCGGAUGGUCGAGUCAGGGUGUCUUGCAUGUGCCGGGGGAUUAUUGGGCAACAUACUACGAUGACUGGCGAGGUGUCGUCGAGCGCUUUACGGAGCGACAGAUAACCAGCCGGCAAGAUCGACUCCCUGCCCUCUCCGGUCUGGCCGACGAAUUCCAGCGAGCCACUGGUGGCGUCUACAUCGCCGGCAUGUGGAAGGAGGAAUUGAUUGAAAGCCUAGCCUGGACUGUCAACAACCUCUACAAUGCCAACGGCGAAUACGGAACCUAUCCAGGCCACAUUCCGCCCAGCAACUUCGUGGUCGGCCCUUACCCAGAGAGCGUCAAGCCUCCAGGUUACGUGGCCCCGUCAUGGAGUUGGGCGUCCACUCAAGGCAGAGUCACGUUCUUCCAAGGCACCUAUCAGAUCAACCGCAGUAUCAAGCGUUUUGCCAAGGUCAACAAUAUCCAAGUCGUGCCCAAGUACAGCACAGACACUCUGGGAGCUCUCGCAGGCGGUUCACUGACCUUGACAGCUCCCUUCCUACCUUUCCCGGACCCUCAAAGUCCAUGUCCUGAAGACUAUACCCUGCGAACGGUCCACAGCUACAUCCGCCGGCAAAAGCUCCAAAGAGGCGACAGCUUCACGACAGAAUUCUACCAGCAUCACGAACCCCAUGCAGGCCAAGAAUUUGCGCUUCUGAAACUAUUCGAGGAGAAAGCACGAGUUGGGCAAGUUGGUAGCCGAGUGUACAUGUUACUGCUUGAAAGCACUGGAAACGGGGGAUGGCGAAGGUUGACUUGCACCGAAGUGCUCAUCGUUACGCUACAGGAGCUGGAAAGGGAUAACUUCCAGUAUAUGGAUCUGAACAACGACCAGGACCGGGAGUACAUGGAGCAUCUGCGACCGGCGUUGAGGGAGAGUGCGGAGAUGGCGAGGGAAGUGAAGGAGGCGGCUUGGGCGAAGAGAAGAGUGACUCUGUACUGA